AUGGAGCAGAUCCUGAGCAUCCUGCUACCGUGCUGUUUUGGCUCACGGCAUGCGCGGUCACCAGCCUGGUCUGCAGCCGACGCCAAUGAGCGCACGCCUCUGCUCGCCGAUGGAUCGCAGUCGAUAGCGUCUGGGUCUGGGUCGAUUGCAGACAGCUCAGCAGCACAGACGAAGCGCAAACGCAAACCCCAAUCCAUCCUCCCCACCCCGGCGUACGACGAACAUACCCUGCGAAACAUCCUCGACGACCUAUCUGCUCGACUGGUCGACGUGGAAUCGGCAAAAACACAUGCCGACAAACAAUCCAUCCUCACAUCCUCACCUGUUCCCACCGCCGAAGAAUCUACAGACAAGCCAGCAUCGGAAACAGGGGGCAAGUACGUCACCCCCGUUCAUACUUUACGACUCUCGGUGCGCAGUCCAUCAACACCAGCCGAACCUACUUCCAAGCUGGUUAAUAUUUGGCCAAAAGAUACCGAAGAUACAGCAUCAGUGAAUUCGGCAGCAGGAGCGAGAUUGUCGUAUUCGGCAGCGUUGAAACGGGGCGCAAAGAAGAAGGCGAAAAAGUUCCCCUCGACAGCCAACGCCCGAUCCGACGAUCCAGCCGCUGUGGAACAACAGACGUACAACAACCUCGCCCAGAUCGCUGGAUCCAAACCACUCGUCCAUAGCUGGGACAUCGACGAUACCCCCGACCUCCAUCCACCCGCAUAA